AUGGCUUAGUCAUUAUGUGUUACUCAUAAUACGAUUGGAUAGUUUAUAAUUGGACUGAGUGAGAAUGAUACAAUUUAUCUAUAUGAAUUAUGGGUUGAGACGAAUUAGACCACUCUCUUAUUUCAAAAAUUUGAACAAUAAUUUGCUGAAUUUUUAAUUACAUUUAAUAAUGUAAUAACUUUCUACACACUUAAUGAAAUUUAAAUAAUGACUUUGAAUUUUGCUGAUUUAAUAAUUAUUAAUUAAACAUCUAUUCGAUAUUUCCAACAGAACCCUUUCUAAUAUUUACUCCUAUUUAAAUAGCUGUGA